GUGCCCGCCCCGCGUGUGCCCGCCCCGCGUGUACCCGCCCCGAGGAGGCCAUGGACGAGGCCCGGGGCUGGUGCCUGCGGAGGGUCGGCAUGAGCAGCGACUGGCUGCUCCUAGACAACCUCACCGAGGUCACGUUAGGUCGAGGAUUUGGAGUCACGUACCGGUUGGUGUCCAAAACGUGCCCCCUGAUGAUUUCCCGAAACCACUGUAUUCUCAGGCAGAACGCAGAGGGCCUGUGGACGGUCAUGGACAAUAAGAGUCUGAACGGCGUCUGGCUGAACAAGGAGCGCAUCGAGCCUUUGAAGGCCUAUCCCAUCCAGGAGGGGGACUACAUCCAGCUGGGCGUGCCUCUGGAGAACAAGGAGAACGCGGAAUACGAAUACGAGAUGAUCCGGGAAGAGUGGGAGAAAAUCCGCCUGUCGCUCGCCCUGAGGAGCGACCAGCUGGCGGGGAAGGGGAAAGGCCCCAGAGCUAAGAGGAAACUGGAGGGGGAGGCGGCGGAGGCCCCCGGGGGGGAGGGCCCGUCCGGCCCCCGAUCCAAGGUCUGCCGGCUGUCCCGCGGCGGAGAAUUCCCCGGACGGGCCCGGGAGAGCGAGCCCGCCCGCCACCCGGGCGCCGAUCCGUCCUCGCCUCCCGGCCCGAGCCCCGGGAAGGACCCGGGAACGCCGAGGGGACCGGGUGGGGGGGGAUCGGAAGCGCCUGGGCCCGAGGCCCCCUCCAGCCCCAGAUCCAGACCCCGCAUCCCGUUGUCCGACCCGGGACCCAGCGGGCGGAGGGGUCCCCCCCCCGGCCCCAGCCGGUGCCCCCUUCCCGGGAAGACGGCCGCCCCGGACCGCGGCGGCCUGGACCUCCUGAGGAAGAGCAUGGCCGAGAUCUUGCGGCUGAAGGUUCGGGUUCAGGAGAAGCAGGCGGCCGUGUUGACGCUGAAGCGGCAGAAGAAGGGGCCCCAGAAGGCCGUGGUCCGGAUGGAGCAGGAGCUGCGGGAAUUGGAGGAGCAGCUCCGCACCGAGCAAGCUCGGCAGCGGCAGAGGGCCCGACAGCUGGAGAAAAAAUUCCAGGACUCGGAGGGCCCGGCGGAUCGACGGGGAGAAGACAACCUGACGGAGCAGUUGGCACAGGCCCUUAAGGAGCAUCGGGUUCUCAUGGAAGAGUUAAAUCGCAGCAAGAGCGACUUUGAAGCCAUCCUGCAAGCCAAGAAUAAGGAGCUGGAGCAGACCAAGGAAGAGAAGGAGCUGGUGCUGGCUCAGAAGGAGGAAGCCUUGAACCACUUCAGCGAUGUCCUGGAGAACGAGCUCCAGUGCACCAUCUGCUCGGAUUACUUCAUCGAGGCCGUGACCUUGAACUGUGCCCACAGCUUCUGCUCCUACUGUAUAAGCGAGUGGAUCAAGCGGAAGGAGGAGUGCCCCAUAUGCCGGCAGCUCAUUCAGUCCAGGAGCCGCUCUCUGGUGUUGGACAACACCAUCGGCCGAAUGGUGGAGAGCCUCAGUGCGGAGGUGAAGGAGCGCUGGGCGGCUCACGUCAAGGAGCGCAGAGAGAAAAUCACCCCUCUUGAAAACUAAGCCCCCAGAGCAACUGGAGGCCGGGGCCGGGGAACCAGCUGAAGAAACUUGGAAGACUGACCACUCUGGCUCACGGUCCGGUUGUCUGGGGAGGAAGAGGAGGAGGGAGAGGAGGAGGAAGAGGAGGAGGAAGAGGAGGAGGAGACCGCCGCCGUUUGUCCAUCCAGCCAUCAAAGACCGACUCUGGCCAUCACGGCGACCAGGCGCGACGCUCCCGGGGAAAUGCCCACCGUGCCACGUUGAUUGCCGUUUUACCUCCCGGCUCCCUAAAACAUCGGCGUCGGAUCUUCCUGGGCAGACCCGGAAAGGACGUGGCGUUUUGCCGCGAGGGAAGCUAACCGCGUGAUACCCGAACUGAGCCCCGGCAUCUUCGCCUUCCUUUCGGCUCGGAGGCAAAUCGAUCGAACCGCGGCGGGGAGACGCGACCGCAAACGGCCGGGGAAUCGGAUGAAGGGCCAGUCGGAAAGCCCGGGAGCUGACCGAGCCGGCCAAAGCGGCGAAACCGGCUUUACCUCUCUGGGCCUCCCGUUACAAGGCGAUGGGCGGCCGAGGCCAGUCACCACGAGCACGUUGCCGACCCUUUAGACGUCGAGGCGGAACAACCCGGGAGAAAGGGUUGCUAACGAGCGGUUUCAUCAAAAGACCAACCUGAAACUUGAACAAAGCUCCCUCCAAGGACUGUGCGUGCGAGCGUGUGUGUGUGUCUAUGUAGAUAUAUAUUUUUUUAAAUUAAAACCAUAUCGAUCUUUGGUU